AUGGAGGGUUCACAAGUGAAGGAGCUCAUUCAGAAAUGGCGCGCGCUCAGCAACGAACUGAAGGAAAAGAAUGCGGAGCUUGAAAAGACACGCGCGGGAUUGCAGGAGCUUGAGGGACAGCAUGCCAAGACUGUCCAGGACUGGGACCUUGAGAAGGCCAACAUUCAGAACACAAUCUCCCUUGUCUGGGCCCAGGUGUCCGACAAGAAGGAAGAAGUUCUGCGGAUUGAGAAGGAAACAGCCGAUCUGCAGUCGAGGGUGGAUGAGCGGCGACUGCGCAAUGAGGAGUACUGGUGCGUUUUGGAUAAGCGCAGGCAGGCGGCCAAUACGCGAUUGCAAGAGCUAGAGGAGAAGGACAAGGAUGCAAAGGAGAGACUGCGCGACUUUCGCGAGGUUCGGGACGAGAGUAAACAGCAACUAAUUUCCGCCAUUCGCAAGCUGGAGGACGCGGAACAACAGGAACUUGUGGAUCAUCAGCAAAAAACAAGGCAGGUGCGAAGUAAAAUUUCGGAGGUUGUGGCGUCUGUAGAAGCCGAAAAGAAGUCAUGGGCGCUAGAGGCGGCAGUGCGUGGAUGGAGGGAAAAAAAUGACGCACGCAGGUGGCUGAGUGAAGAGGCCAACGCUUCUGAAAAGAACAAGGGAGUAUGGGCGGAGGCUAUCAGGGAGGCGGAUUCGAUGCACUUUGACAAUUCCCUGAAAGAAUUGGACGCACUUCGUGCCCUCAUCUCCUGUUAG